AUGGCUCAAUUAAUGAUACGACCAAGGAACGACAGCGUCGUUCAAAGGGGGCUUUACUCGAAAAUUGAGAAGCUACUUUCAAGAUCCGAUGGCAAAAGCGAUGCGACUAUUAAAUCCACCUUCCUCGACGCCAUUUGGCCAGAGCUGGAGCAAGAUUAUAGGUUGAUGGUAGGGAACUUGAUCAUUUAUUGCGAGCAUGAGAUUCAACAGCGAGGCAUUAGUGCCAAGGUCGAUGGGAGGGUCAAAGCCUCCAGCUCGAUCAGUAAAACACUCCACCGCCGAGAGCAGCAUCGUAUGAGCAAUGGCUUAGGAGUAUAUGAGCGUGUGGAGGACAUGUUCCGCGACAUGCACGACCUUGCUGGCCUUCGGAUCAUUGUCGACUAUCCAUCCCAGCUGGAACACGCCAACCAGCUAGUUCUAGAAUGCUUCCAACAGGAAAAUAAGCCAAACGUUUUCACUCGAGACCGGCCUGUCGGCCAAUCAUGGGAUGCUUGGUUUGGAGCCUACGAAAGCUGCAACCAUCACGUUACGUUAGACACCAGAGCCACGGGUAUCCUCCAGGUCUACCGUCAUAUAGUGUUCGAAAUCCAACUUACAAGUCUGCCAGAAAGCCUAUACAACAAAUUGGCCCACCCUUUGUUAUAUAAGCAGAAAUCGGGCAAGAUGUCCCGUCAGGACGAGAUGGUUAUUGACCUCUCACAUGGGUUAUCACUUUGCUAUUCCAUCUGCUUAUUAUACAUGCAAGAUAAACUAGACCAGCGCGACGAGCAACCAGAUCAGCAAGAGCUUCGCAACGCAAUGAGACAUGCUGUUUCGGGCCCUGAAACACAAGGUGAAGGCGACAAGGAUGAAAACCAGGUGACGGAUGGCAUGGGUCCCCUAGUCGGAAUGAUUCCCGACAUGGUACGCCGUCAAAUACCCAAUCUUUCUUCAAAGUCCAAUGGAAAGACAGUCUCAACAGAGCUCUUUACAGGCAUACUUUCAGCGCUCCCGGAGGCGUGUGACUCUCCAGAGAGUAUCUGGUCGAGUAUCAUCACCAAAUUAAGUAACUGGGAUGCAAGAAUUGGCGCCGUGGAGGCUGCCAUGGAAAAGCAAACAAAAGCAAUUGAAAAGGCUCAGAACACGUCUCAAGAUGAAGCUAAUAAAAAGUGUCUCACUGAUCUAAGGGUGAUUAAUCCAUCGCAUCAUAAGAAGGCGAUUCAGAAAGCCAAGGGAGGCCUAUUGAAGGACGCCUAUCGUUGGGUCCUCCACCAUAAGGAUUAUCUGCGUUUCAGAAACAAUCCUGAUAACCGACUACUCUGGAUAAAGGGAGAUCCUGGAAAAGGGAAAACCAUGCUUCUUUGUGGCAUUAUUGAUGAGUUGCUGAGUGAGGAUCGAGAAAGCAUCUCAUUUUUCUUCUGUGAAGCAACCCAAAGCGACCAGAAGAGGAAUGCGACAGCGGUACUCCGCAGCCUUAUAUGGCUUCUUUGUACGGAACAACCACACCUGGUGUCCUAUAUUCGAGAGCGAUACGAUAGUGAAGGCAAAGAUCUAUUCGAGGAUGAGACUACAGCUUUCCCAGCCCUCGAAGAGAUCCUGAUAGAUAUGCUGCAUGAUUCCAACUGCAGAGACAGCAUUUUCAUCAUAGAUGCCUUGGAUGAGUCCUCUGAUAAUACGAGGUCAGACCUAAUCAACCUUAUUGUCCAGCUUUCAGACUCUAUUCAUAACGCUAAAUGGGUAGUGUCAAGUCGAAAUUGGCCCACCAUCGAAGAACAGUUUGAGUUCGCCGAUAAAGUCAAAGUGUCCCUGGAAUUAAACCAGGAUUCUAUCUCCACAGCCGUUGAUAUGCUAAUUAACUAUAAAGUCUCGCAAUUGGCCAGACUUAAGCGGUAUAGCGAAGAGACGACAGAAGCGGUACUGAGAGAGCUCCACCGCAAGGCUGACAAGACGUUUCUAUGGGUAGCCUUGGUUUGCGUCGAGCUAUCAAAACCAGAUGUCAGAUCCUGGAAUACCAUUGAGCAGGUCAAAUCUAUGCCACGGGGCCUAGAGAAGCUGUAUGGCCGCAUGCUUCAACAAAUCCUCUCCUCUCGUAAUUCCGCGCUCUGUGGACAGAUCCUCGCCAGUUCUACCAUCGCAUUUCGUCCACUUUUAACUGGCGAGCUUCUGUUAUUUGUUGAUGUCCCGGAAGCCUUGCGGCCAGAGGAAAUUGAGGAAAUUGUUGGAGAAUGUGGUUCAUUCUUAUGCAUUCGAGAGAAUACAGUCCAUUUCGUGCACCAGUCGGCUCAGGACUUUCUGCUCGAAUCGGGAAACUAUUACAAGUUAUCACAUUUCAACAAAAAAGAAUCUCACCUGAAUAUGUUCAGGCAGUCUUUAAAGGCUUUAAAGAACCUCUAUCGCAACAUGUACAAUAUUCCAUCUCCUGGGGGCAUCAUUGACGCACCUGAUCCUGACCCCCUAGCUUGCCUCGGAUAUGUCUCUAUUCAUUGGGCUCGUCACUUAUUAGCCGGAGGCGGCCUAGUCCGAGGAGGAGAAGACCAGCAUUUACUUGAUGCCUUUCUAAAAAAGAACCUACUCAACUGGCUGGAAGCUCUUAGCUUAAAACAGCAGAUUCCCGAGGGGGUGGCGACCUGCCGCAGACUCUUGAGCUCUUUGCCAGAUUUCACAGACAAGAGCCUCAAAAGUCUUGUCAAAGACGCAUGCAGAUUUGUUCUCACAUUUCGGCAUGCUUUCGAGCUCGCCCCUCUCCAAGUUUAUAUUUCCGCCCUUAUCUUCAGUCCUACUUCAAGUGUGGUCAAAAGCCUCUAUCAGGCUGAUCGACCCGCAUGGAUUAAUUUGAGGUCCGAGCCUCCUUCAGACUGGGAUACUUGUACCCAAACUCUGGAAGGUAAAACCACAUGGUUCUACGCAAUCGCUCUCGCGCCAGAUGGGCAAACACUGGCUUCACUUUCCCCUAGCCAGCUUAAAUUAUGGGAUACAGAGACAGGCUGCUGCACAUAUUGCUAUCAAUUUAAAAGAACAAUAUCAGGUCGUCUCGCCUUUUCUCCAAACGGAAAGCAGGUAGCAGCUCUUUCUGGCAUCAAUGUGACCACUAGCAGGAUUGUGCUUUUUGAUCUCCUCUUCCCACCCCUGAACUCGGAUAGGCCGUCCUUGGACCUGAAUAAUAAUGAGGAUUUUGAGGAUAUUGGAGAAUUUAAUGCAACAUCUAUCGUAUUCUCCCCGAGCGGGCUUCACCUAGCCGCUUGUUCGACAAAGGCAUUGGCCAAAAUUUGGGAUCUUCGCACACGUUGCUGCGUGCGAACAAUGACACCUCCCAGGGUUCCUGAUGGUUGUAUCUAUCGCUCAUUUAUUGCAUACUCAGAGGAUGGAAUGAUGCUGGCCACUGGGACCACGAAGGAUGGUGUAAGUAUAUGGGGCGUUGAAACUGGGCAGUGUCUCCAUACCAUCGAUAUUGUUGCCUGGGGCCUAGCAUUUCUGCCGCAAACCUUAAUAGUAGCGAAAAGCGAUGGCGCCUUCAGCGUAUGGAAUACGGAAACUUGGGUUAAUACCCAGACUUGGGGAGAGUGUGGCGAUUCUGCCCAAGCAUUAAUCCCACUCAAUAUUCCGGGGCUCCUCUUUGCGUCAACCUCAGGGGCUACCAUCAGGUUAUGGGGCAACGAUGGGCACUGUGUUCGCAAAGUAAGAGGACAUGGGGCCUGCAUAACGGACCUGGCGUUUUCUGCUAACAAUGGUUUACUCGUUUCAUCCGCAAUCGACCGCACACUCAAACUAUGGAACUUUGCGGCUACCAGCGACGGUGAUGACGAAACCUCAAGCCAGGAAUAUCGUGAUGACAAGAAAGAUGAUCAAGGAUAUAAUGACAAAGUGCCAGACCAAUUUAAGGGAACUUCGGACCUAUCUAAUCAAAGAGAAUACCUCUCAUCCUCGGACAACGAGGGAACCUUCACAAGGACAAACUCCACCACGCCGGAGAUACACAAUGUGCCAUCUGAUCGCAACUCCGACUUUGAGCACGAUGCUCCCAUCAAAAUUGUCACAUUUUCACCUGACUGUCGAUGGCUCGUGUCAUCUGCUGCAGGCUGGACCAUCAAGAUCUGGGAAGUUGCCAGCUGUUCGUGCGUACGAACGAUAGACGGUCCUGCCACUACAACAAAAGCACCUCCUUCACUCCAAUUCUCCUCUGAUGGAUUGUGGCUCCUUUGUGCGUCUCGAUUUCAUUAUCGAACGACCCCUUUUAUGAUCUGGGAGACUGCUACGUGGACCAUCGUCGACGAGUCCAGUGCCAAUCUAAACAGUAGAGAUGGAGGUGCUGUGGGCUUGUCGCCCGACGGUAAGCUCAUGGCAAGAGCCACGAGGGAUGAGGGGUCAACUAGCGUCAUACUCUUGGAAGCACGCGAACAGGUGCAUGUCUUUCCUUUCUGGGCUUCGACAUUGACUUUUUCACCCGACAGCCGCGUCUUAGUGUUGUAUUCAGAACUGGGUGUUCAGGCGUAUGAUACCGACGUAGGCUCUGAGCUCUGGAGACUCGACAUCAAAGAUAUAAUAGAGGUAUUUUCAAGUGGAGAAACAGACAGCGAAACAAGCAGUGAAACAGGCAGCGAAACAGGCAGCGAAACAGGCAGCGAAACAGGCAGCGAAACAGGUAGUGAAACAGGCAGCGAAACAGGCAGUGACACAGACAGAGAAAUAAAGAUGGACCUCGGGCCAUACAUAAAUGCAUUGGCGCUGUCAGCCGAUAAAACAAGCUUUGCAAUAGUUACACACAAGGGAUUCGCGAUCUGGGACGUGGAAGAUCCUCAACCGGGCAUCUUUCGGGUGGAAAGACUUUCUUCCCCCCCACAUGUAGGUUCGGAGGUAGCCAUCAAUACCAGGUGGUUUGUUAUGGCUACCGAUUAUGGCCGUCUUUAUGUCAAGGACCUAACAAACGAAAACCCCGCCUUAGCCAUAUCUAUGCUACAGCGCAUAAGUGGCCUUGAUUUUGACCCGGUCGAUGAAGACCGUUUAUUCACAAACGCAGGCACUUGGAGCAUUCAGGGCGAUGGAUCUACCCGUCUAGAAGGUUAUGGCUUGAGCAACGAUGGGUCGUGGGUAUCAAAAAACAAUGAAAACAAUGAGAGGCUGUUAUGGCUCCCACCCGAGUAUCGAGGUUUCGCAGUGGCCCAUAUCAAAGGGACAAGAGUUGCACUGGGGAGUUCUUUGGGUCGCGUUGUCAUGCUUGAGCUUGGAGAUGAGCUAUAA